UCUCUGAAUCUCAUUCUUAACAAGGACGUCUCUUACUAAGAGAAACCCAUGAAAACAACUAGUAUGAGCUUCUAAUGCUUUCCUAGUUUCCUGUUCUUCCUCUCUUUGAAUUAUUUUUGUUAAGAAGAUCAUCGUUAUAUAUGGCUGUUGAGUUAAUAGGAGGAGCUGUGGUGGGUGCAGCAGUAUCAGAACUUCUGAAAGUAGUUCUACAGGCUAAAGAUAGAGUUACAAAUUUCAAGUCAUGCUUCAAACAACUCGAGUCCACACUGGAAACUGUAAUGGUUAAAGUCCAACAGAUACAAAAGGCAGAUGAAGAAAGAGGAUCAGACAGUAAAAGACCCGAAGUAGAAGCAUUGGUAUCGAAGCUAACGGACGGAAGAAUUCUUGUCAAGAGGUGUUUAAAAGUUCAAUCUUGGAAUUGGUACUUGAGGAAUAAGUACUCGCUUGAAAUACUUGAACUGGACGCAUACCUAGUUAAGAUUUUUCAAGUGCACGUAGCCGCAGCUAUUUGGUCUGAUGUUGGACAAAUUUUAGCUGAUAUACAACACAUGAAACACAAUUUAGCUUUGAUGAGAGAAGCAAACGGAAACCUGGAAUGGAAUCAGAAGUUAGAUCGGUAUGAUGAACGAAGACUAAGCAGUGGAGGUUUGAUUGGUGUUACUGAAGAACUGGACCAUAAAAUAUAUCAAUUCGGAAAAGAUGUAAGUAGUAAUAGUACAGGUAAGUCAAGGAAUUUGGUUGGAAGUGAAGCCUUAUAUCCCGCACCUCAUGGAUCUGGAAAGUCAACUUGGGCAAACUAUAAUGUCGUGGAUUUGCUUAAGGUUGAUGCUGAUGCUGGCUUACUUGGGGAAGGAAACUUUGGGGCUGUCUACAAGGCUUCUAUGGGAACGACCAACAGUGUUGUAAUCAAGAGGUUAAAGCCAGUCGACAUAGAUAUCAUCGAGUUUGAAGAGCACAUGGAAUUUAUCGGGAGCAUUAGGCACGAAAAUGUAGCUGAUCUUCGAGCAUAUUACUGUUCUAAGGCGGAGAAGCUUCUUGUGUAUGAUUACUACAGUGAGGGCAGUCUUGCCGAAAUGUUGCAUGGACAAUCUGGGCCUUGUUUAACCUUCGAAACUCGUCUCCGUAUUGCAAUCGGUGCGGCAAAAGGCAUUGCUUAUUUACACACUCUGAAGGAUGGAACCUUUUUUCACGGGAACGUAAGAUCCUCAAAUGUUUUCGUCAACACGCAAAACUGCGGAUGCAUUUCCGACAUUGGCCUAGUUAAACUGAUCAAUCUAGAACCUAAAGCUGUCAAGGCAACUGGCUAUCAAUCCCCUGACAUAACAAGCCCCAAAGAAUUCUGCCAACAAUCUGAUAUCUACAGCUUCGGAGUUGUUCUGCUCGAACUCAUCACUGGGAAAUCUCCUGCUCUUGAUAAAUGGGGUGAUGAUACCCAAGCUGUUGAUUUGGUUCAGUGGGUUCAUACUCUGUUUCCUGAUAGCGUCAGCAGAUGUAAAUUAUAUGCUUUAGAUUUACUGAAGGCAUAUAAUGACAUAAAAGACGAAUUGUUAGUAAUGCUAAAUAUAGCAAUGAUAUGUGUUUUCGAAAUUCCAGAUCACAGACCAAAAAUAAGUGAUGUAGUGAUACUCUUGGAAGAAAUUCAAAGAGUAACCGUGGUUGACGUUUACCAGGAAUCGUACAAGCAAUUUGAUGGUUUCAAAGAACGAAGACCGACUAGUGGACAUUUGAUUGGUCUUACUAAGGAGACAAAGCAGAGAGUAGAUCAGUAUGAAAGACAAUUCAAGGAUGAUAUAAGUGAAGCUAAAUAUUGUGCGCCAAAAGGAAGUGGAAAGACAACUUUGGCAAACUGUAAUAUAAUCGAUUUGCUAAGGAUGGAUGCUGAUGCUGGCUUGCUUGGGGAAGGAAAUUUUGGGACUGUCUACAAGGCUUCUGCGGGAUCGACUAAUGGUGUUGUAAUCAAGAGGUUGAAGCGAGUCGACAUAGGAAUCAGGGAAUUUGAAAAGCACAUGGAAUUUGUUGGGAGCAUACGGCACCAAAAUGUAGCUGAUCUUCGGGCAUAUUACUAUUCGGAGGGAGGAAAGUUUCUCGUGUACGAUUACUACACUGAGGGUAGUGUUGCUAAGAUGAUGCAGGGAAAAACAGGAGCAGAACCCAUAUCUGGAAGUCCUAAAUGCCAUUUAGCAUGGGAGACUCGACUAAGGAUUGCAAUUGGGGCAGCAAAAGGCAUUGCUGUUUUACACACUCUAAACAGCGGAACGUUUUCACACGGGAACAUAAGAUCAUCAAAUAUUUUCGUCAACACCAAAAAUUACGGAUGCAUUUCUGACAUAGGCCUAAUUCCACUAAUCAAUCUACAGUCUCAAAUUGUUCUCAAGGAAGCUGGUUAUCAAGCCCCAGAAAUAACAGACCCGGAAUAUAACAACCAAUUAUCUGAUAUCUACAGCUAUGGAGUUCUACUUCUUGAACUCAUAACCGGGAAAUCCCCUGCUCUUAACAAAUGGGGUGAUGAUGCUGAGGCUGUUGAUUUGGUUCAAUGGGUUAUUUAUGAAAUUCGAUCGAAAUGCGCUUGUAUAUAUGUAAUGGAUUACGAUUCACGGUCAUCUGAACCCUCACAAAUCAACUCAAUGAAGGGGGUGUUGCAGAUUGCAAUGAACUGUGUUCUGGCAACUCCAAGUCAAAGGCCAGACUUGAAUUAUGUGGUGAAAUUGCUUCAGGAUAUUCUUGUAGAUCACAUGAAACAGAAAUCUGAACAUAAAUCAGAAUCAGAGUUUGUAAGCGAGAGUGGAGGUUUGGCCAUUCGUGUUACUGAAGAACCGAAGCAGAUUGAAAAAGGAGUAAGCAGCAGAAAUUUAAGUACAUGUAGAUUAGGAGAUUUGGGUGAACCAGAUAUAUCUGGUUCUUCAUGUGAGUUUCUUCCAUUAUUACCGUUAGGUUGUAUACUAUUUCCUGAUACCACUAUUGAAGUUGCUGUUGAACUGGAAAAGCCGAAGAUGUAUCUGCCAUUUAAGGAUGAUACCAGUAACGCAGAGUAUCAAGCACCAAAUGGAUGUGGAAAAACAACUUUGGAAAACUAUAAUAUAGAGGAUUUGCUAAGGGUUAAUUCUGCCUUAAUUGGGGAAGGAAAUUUUGGGGAGGUCUACAAUGCCUUUGGUGGGACGACUAACAGUGUUGUGAUCAAGAGGUUGAAGCGAGUCGAUAUUGAAAUCAGUGAAUUUGAAAAACACAUGGAAUUUAUUGGGAGCAUUAGGCAUGAAAAUAUAGUUGAUCUUCGAGCCUAUUACUAUUCUGAGGCGGAAAAGUUUCUCAUGUACGACUACUAUGCUGAUGGUAGUGUUGCUAAAAUGAUGCAAGGAAAACAAGGAGCAAAACCCAUAUGGGGAAGUCCUAAAUGUCAUUUAGCUUGGGAAAGUCGACUCAGGAUUGCGAUUGGCGCAGCAAAAGGCAUUGCUUUCUUACACACACUAAACAGCGGAACUUUUUCACAUGGGAACAUUAGAUCAUCAAAUAUUUUCCUCAACACCCAAAACUACGGAUGCAUUUCUGACAUUGGGCUAAUUGCUUUGAUCAAUUUAAACUGUAAAAGUGUUCUCAAGGAAACUGGUUAUCAAGCCCCAGAAAUUACAGACCCUAAAAACUCCAACCAACUGUCUGAUAUCUACAGCUAUGGAGUAUUUCUCCUUGAACUCAUAACUGGAAAAUCCCCCGCCCUUGACAAAUGGGGCGAUGAUGAUGAGGCUGGUGAUUUAGUUCAAUGGGUUAUUUAUGCUAUCCGAAGCAGUGGCUCUAGCAUAUCUGUAAUGGAUACUGAUUCGCGGGCGUCAGAACCCUCACAAGUCAACUCUCUGAAGGCGGUGUUGAAGAUAGCACUAAACUGUGUUCUGGAAACUCCAGAUCAGAGGCCAACACUGAUUUAUGUGGUGAAAUUGCUCAAGGGUAUUCUUAUAGACUACAUGAAGCAAAAGGCUGAUCAUAUAUGGGAGUUUUCCUAUCAGAAAAGAGGCCCGGUGAUUGGUGUUAGUGAAGAAUCGAAGCAGAUUACAAAAGGAGUAAGUGGUAAUAGCAAUACAUUUAGAUUAGGAGAUUUGGGUAGACGCCAAAAAUCUGAGUUUUCCUGUGAUCAGUUUCCUCCAUUAUUAUCAACACAUAGCAUUGUGUUUCCUGAUACUACUACUAAAGUUUCCGUUGAACUGGAAAUUCCAAAGAUAAAUCUGCCCUUCCAGGAUGAUACUAGUGUUGCAGAUUAUCGAGCACCAAAUGGCUGUGGAAAGACAACUUUGGCAAACUAUACUAUAUCUGAUUUACUGAGUGUUGAUGCUGAUGCUGGUUUAAUCGGGGAAGGAAAUUUUGGGUCUGUGAGCAAGGUUUUGGUUGGAACAACUAGUAGUGCUGCAGUCAAGAGGUUGAAGCCAGUUGACAUGGGAAUCAGGGAGUUCGAAAAGCACAUGGAAUUGGUUGGGAGCAUUAGACACGAAAAUGUAGUUGAUCUUCGGGCAUAUUACUAUUCUGACACAGAGAAGCUUCUCGUGUAUGAUUACUACGCUGAGGGUAGUGUUGCUAAGAUGAUGCAAGGAAAACCAGGAGCAAAACCCAUAUGGGGAAGUCCUAAAUGUCAUUUAGCUUGGGACACACGACUAAGGAUUGUGAUUGGCGCAGCGAAGGGCAUUGCUCAUUUACACACACUAAACAACGGAACUUUCUCCCAUGGUAACAUAAGAUCUUCAAAUAUUUUUGUCAACGCCCGAAACUACGGGUGCAUCGCUGACGUUGGUCUCAUUACACUGAUCAAUCUAAGGCCUCAAACUGUCCUCAAGGCGGCUGGUUACCAAGCCCCAGAAAUAACCGACCCCAAAAUGUCUGACCAGCUAUCUGAUAUCUAUAGCUAUGGAGUUCUUCUCCUUGAACUCAUAACUGGAAAAUCCCCUGCCCUUGACAAAUUGGGUGAUAAUGCUAAGGCUGUUGGUUUGGUUCAAUGGGUUAUUUCUGAGAUUCAUAGCAAAGGGUCCAGUAUAUAUGUAAUGGACCACGAUUCACGGUCGUUAGAACCUUCACAAAUCAACUCAAUGAGGGCAGUGUUGGAUGUAGCAAUGAAAUGUGUAUUGGUAACUCCAGAUAAGAGGCACACACUGACUUGUGUGGUGAAAUUACUUGGGGAUAUUUUGACAGACUACAUGAAAGAAAAGGCUGAACAUAAAAUAAAUGUUUAAAAUCUCAACAUCCCUUUAAUCUGGAUGUAUCAGAUUAUAUCCAUACCUGCACUCCCCACAUUGGGGUUGUCAGCUGCUGCAUUUGCUGUUUUAUAUUCAUUUUAUAUUUUUUUUAUUAUUAAUGUUUUUUGUUCUUUUGCCAA